AUGAAUCGUCUCUUUUCUUUUUCUAUCUUCUUUCUCAUUGAUCUUGCUGUUUAUCUAUCUAUCUAUCUAUCUAUCUAUCUAUCUAUCUAUCUAUCUAUCUAUCUAUCUAUCUAUCUAUCUGUUCCUUCUCUCCCUCCCUCCUAUCUAUCUAUCUAUCUAUCUAUCUAUCUAUCUAUCUAUCUAUCUAUCUAUCUAUCUAUCUAUCUCCUUCCCUUAAUAUAUAUCUCGAAACGUUUGCUGUUUAUCUAUCUAUCUAUCUAUCUAUCUAUCUAUCUAUCUAUCUAUCUAUCUAUCUAUCUCCUUUCCUUAAUAUAUAUCUCGAAACGUUUGUCUUUUUUUUUUGUUUUUCUCUAUAUUCUCUCUCAAUUCAUUCCUUGUCAUUCUCAUCUAUCUAUCUAUCUAUCUAUCUAUCUGUUCAUUCUCUCCCUCCCUCCCUCCUAUCUAUCUAUCUAUCUAUCUAUCUAUCUAUCUAUCUAUCUAUCUAUCUAUCUAUCUAUCUUUUUGCUCAGUUCUUCCCUAUUCUUCAUUCAUUUCUUUUGUUCUCUAAUAUUUUUCAUUUUGAUCGUAUUUAAAUAUUUUUCAUUCCAUUCUUUCGUUCUUCAAUAUUAUUUAAUCUCUUCUUCGUUCUUCACGAUUCUCCAUUCACUUUUUUGUUUUUCUAGCUGUCUGUCUGUCUCUCUCUGUCUCUGUCGCUCUCUCUCUCUCUCUCAAGCCUACAAAUUUCUAUCGCUCCUUCAAGUUUGA